UUUCCCCAAAUCCGCAAGUCCAUUAAGCGCGUGAGCCUCAACCCGAACCUCCACAUCUUCUUUCUUCGACAACCAACAUCGCCUUCACUGCAGCUUGCGCAAUGGAGGUUCCACCAGUAGAAGAGCAAGGCAGCCGCCCUUCUACCGCUGCAGAGAAGAGCGAGACGCCAGCUUCCCUACCAGGUUCGUGGACCUCAUUCGGAUUGCUCUAGCCGAUUGCUAACUGUUACGCCUCCCACAGAUGGCCUGCGAAUCCCAGUCUCUCCAAGUCUCAACUAUACGAUGGAUCCAGCCAUCGCCGAUACCGAGCCAGUAUUCACGGUAUUUCCCAAGCUGCCACCUGAAAUGCGUCUCAAGAUCUGGAAGCAUGCUUUGCCUGGCCCUCGAUUUGUCCCAUAUUGCCCGGGACGAAACAGACAGUGUGUUGGACGACGCUGCUCUGCGGUCAACUCUACCAUCAAAACAACCUACGCCUGUAGCGAGUCCUUCCAGGUUGUCCAAUCAGCAUACGAGAAGCUUCCUGUAAUUUGUGAUCCAUCGCCGGUCCAAUGUCCAGAGAAACAGCCGUACGUUUAUGUCGACUACAGCAUAGACGAAGUCUACGUCGAGCUGAAUUGGUUCGCCCUUGAGGAACAGAAAUUCUUCUUCGCACAGCUUUCUAAGGUCAAACACUUCGCAACAAACGAAUGCAAUAUGAGAAAUCCUGAGGUCGGCUUGGCAGAUUUCUGGGAUACCUUGCGGGUUUCCUUUCCAACAAUCAAGCGAGUAACCUUCAUCGUGUAACCGUGUCUACGUGGCGGCGAGUACAUAGAAGAAUGGGCCGUUGUUCCCUUCCCAUCGGAGCCACGUUACAACUUUGACUUAACGGACUUUG